AUGGAACCAAUGAAGCCACACAUCCCCCCAUUAAACUUCUCGAAGUCCAAUUCGAAUUUAUCCGAAUCAAGCAACGACGUUACACCUAUACCGAAGCAAUUUCAUACUGCCUGGGGCUCGUCCGAGAUGACCCCUCCGCUAACACCACAAGACGCCCAGGAUACGAUCAUGGAUCAAUCGGAGGCCUCACGACCUGUCUUUCACAACUAUCUACGAGCGUUUUACCCUUUUCACCCGGCCGGCAAUGUGUCUCCCUCGACUGUCACGCUUCCUCUGGACCAGGGAGACAUCAUUUUGGUACACUCCGUUCACACCAAUGGCUGGGCCGAUGGUACUUUAUUAGACUCUGGGAAUCGAGGAUGGUUACCCACGAAUUACUGCGAAGCAUACGACCAAUUACCCAUGCGUCCUUUGUUGAAGGCCUUGACUGAUUUCUGGGAUAUCAUUCGAGGAGGAUGCGGGUCAUCACUAAAAGAUUUUGGAAACCAAGACUUGAUGAGAGGCCCUAUUGCUGGUGUUCGGUUUCUACUGGAAAAAUCGGAAUGUCUUACUCGAGAGGCCUCUUUGGUGAGGAGGUUUGAUGGAUUACGUAGAAUCAGGAAGGCUUUGUUAUCUGACCUUUCUUCGCUGGUGAAAACCGCGAAGAAGUUCCAGGAAGUUGCCAACGGGAUUCCGUCGGAAGAAGAGGUCGAGGCCAUUUUGGAUGAGAUGCUUCUCAAGGCUUUCAAGAUUGUUACCCGAGGAGUGCGAUUCCUCGAUGUGUGGAAUGAGGAGGUAGGCCUUGGCAGGACUAUUGCCGAGAUGGAUGGGCCCGGCGAGAGCCUACCCCAGUAUAAUAUGCCACUGACUCCAGCGUCGGAGAGUUUCACUUUGAGCGAGAACGAUGGGCCUGAUCGAUCAGAAUCACGAAUGCUAGAAUCACGGAACGAGUCGCGACAGAUGAACCAUAACCGUAUGGAUAUGAGUCGGUCAUCGAUGCGCAGUGAGACGGUUGAUAAUAGACCAGUCUCCGUAGCUACGAAACGUGUUUCUGUAUCUCACCGCAUGUCGGUAUCCGGUCCUUCUACUGCCAUCAGUGCCCAUAAUCUGGCAUCUGAGCGCCUCGGAACCACAUACGAUGCAUUCCUCGGCGUGCUCGGUUCGUUUAUUGGGCUCCACAUGCAGUCUCGCUCCUCGACGGAGUUGGUUGUGACCACCCAGCAGGCGGUCCAGUCGUGCAGGCAGUUGCUAAAUGUUGUCGAGGCGGUGUGCGAGCAUGACACGCAGCGCAGCGUCUUCCUCGAACAGGCACGAGAAUCAAUGUGCGAGAAGCUCUCUGAACUGGUUCACGCUGCACGCGACGUGUUCCGCCCCGCACACCUACCUGAUGAUGAUCUCGUGUUUAUGCCAGAUGAAGGGAAACGACUUGUGGAAGCUGCAACUGGCUGUGUACGAGCAGCUGGAAACUGUUUGGCGAAGGCUCGCCUGGUGCUUGAGCAAAUUGGGGAUCUUGAGCUUGACCUUGAACACACUGAAGAUAAGGGACAGGACUUGUCUAGCAUUCCCCCUCCACAAGAAGAGCCUGAGACUCCCGUAGAACAGGAGCGACAGGAGCUUUCACUCCGCCUUCCCCCACCUCCUAUUCAGAUUCCUAGUACCACAUAUUCUCCCCCCACACCUGCUCUCACCGAUGCUACAACACCUUCAUCCUUCCAGUCUCAGCACGCAACUUCCCCCGCAAACAUCACCGCACUUUCCUCUCUACCGAAUUCUGCCAUCCUCCCAACCCACCUAGAAAACAUGUCUUCCUUCUCAUCCUCCGCAGACAGCACCUACCGUGAAAGUCAUCCCAAGUCUGACGUGAGUGAAUCAUUUGGCCGUGGAAUCAUGAGCAAUGGUAGCAGCUUCACAUAUAACAGCUACACACGUGACUCCGAGAUGAGUGGUCUCUCUCAAACCUCCACCCGGGCUACCUCGCCUGAUAUUGGCGGUAGCUUCCAGGAUAGCUUCAAGGUUCACUCGCUGAAGGAAAGUCUGAGUUACUCGACCCUCGCUGAGGAGAACGAAGAGACUGAGGCCAAUAUCCUGGAAAAGACUUACGCCCACGAAUUGAUUUACAAGGAAGGUUCGGUGAUGGGCGGCAGUCUCCGCGCUCUUAUUGAGAAGCUGACUGCCCACCAAUCCACUCCCGAUGCCCUCUUCGUUUCAACCUUCUACCUCACCUUCCGUCUCUUUGCCUCGCCUCUUGAGUUUGCCGAGGCUCUCGCUGAACGCUUUGAGUACAUUGGUGACACACCCCACGCUGCCGGACCCGUCCGUCUCCGUGUGUACAACAUCUUCAAGGGCUGGCUUGAGUCCCACUGGCGCCACGAUCGUGACAACACUGCCCUGGAUUUCAUCAUCAACUUCGCCAACGCACGACUUGUGGUUGAUCUCCCCACUGCUGGAAAGCGGUUGCUUGAGUUGACCACCAAGGUGUCCGCAGUUGGUGGUCCUCUUGUGCCCCGCCUUGUUUCUUCCAUGGGCAAGACCAACACUUCGAUUGCCCAAUACAUUCACCCAGAUACCCCCCUACCCCCUCCCGUCCUCAGCAAGAAGGAACACGCCUUGCUCAAGCAAUGGAAGAACGGCGAAGCCUCAAUAACUGUUCUUGACUUCGACCCACUUGAGCUCGCCCGUCAGCUUACUAUCAAGGAGUCGCGCAUUUUCUGCUCGAUCCUUCCUGAGGAACUUCUGGAUACGGAAUGGACCAAAAAGUCAGGCUCGUUGGCUGUCAAUGUUCGCGCCAUGUCAACUCUGUCGACUGAUCUUGCCCACCUCGUUGCUGACUCCAUUCUCUACCUCGAGGAGCCCAAGAAACGCGCCGCUACUAUCAAGCACUGGGUCAAGAUUGCGACCAAAUGUCUCGAGUUGAAUAACUAUGACUCCCUCAUGGCCAUCAUCUGUUCAUUGAACUUGUCUAUGAUCUCUCGACUCAAGAGAACCUGGGAUAUCGUAUCACAGAAGACCAAGUCUUCCCUCGAGCAGCUCCGCAGCAUCGUGGAUGUGUCUCGCAACUAUGCAGUACUCCGUCAACGCCUUCAAAACCACGUGCCCCCUUGCCUCCCAUUCGUCGGCACCUACCUGACUGACCUCACCUUUGUUGAUCACGGCAACCAAUCUCUCCGCACCCUCUCUACCGACGACAGCUCGAUGGCCGUCAUCAACUUCGAUAAGCACAUGAAGACAGCUCGCAUUAUCAGCGAGCUCCAACGCUUCCAGAUCCCCUACCGUCUGACAGAAGUUCCAGAGCUACAGGCUUGGAUGCAGAAUGAGCUCGUGCGCGUGCGCUCCAUCGGCGAAACAACCCCUCAAACAUUCUACCGUCGCUCUCUGGUUCUUGAGCCUAGAGAAACCUCCCGCAGCGGAAACACUCUUCAUUCACAGGCCGAGUCCAAUCCUUCCAUGCUUGACAACGCCAAGGACAAGUUUGACUUCCUUUCAUGGACGAACCAGUCCAAAGUGAAGCCUGUCCAGACACACGGUUAA